GCUGGCGUCGGCGGCCCGCGCCGCUCCCCGGAAGUCACGGGCCCCGCUUCGGGCCCCGCUUCCGGCCCCGAGCCGCCGCGCAAGAUGGCGCCGCUGGACCUGGACAAGUACGUGGAGAUCGCGCGGCUCUGCAAGUACCUGCCCGAGAACGACCUCAAGCGCCUCUGCGACUACGUGUGCGACCUGCUGCUGGAGGAGUCCAACGUGCAGCCCGUGUCCACGCCCGUCACCGUCUGCGGGGACAUCCACGGGCAGUUCUACGACCUGUGCGAGCUGUUCCGGACGGGCGGGCAGGUCCCCGACACCAACUACAUCUUCAUGGGUGACUUUGUAGACAGAGGUUAUUACAGCCUGGAGACCUUCACUUACCUUCUCGCGCUGAAAGCCAAGUGGCCUGACCGCAUCACGCUGCUACGCGGCAACCACGAGAGCCGGCAGAUCACACAGGUGUACGGAUUUUACGAUGAGUGCCAAACCAAAUACGGAAAUGCGAACGCGUGGAGAUACUGCACCAAAGUGUUCGACAUGCUCACAAUCGCAGCUUUAAUAGACGAGCAGAUUCUCUGUGUGCACGGCGGCCUCUCCCCAGACAUCAAGACACUUGAUCAGAUUCGCACCAUCGAACGUAAUCAGGAAAUUCCUCACAAAGGCGCCUUCUGCGACCUGGUCUGGUCGGACCCCGAGGACGUGGACACGUGGGCGAUCAGCCCGCGAGGCGCGGGCUGGCUCUUCGGCGCCAAGGUCACAAACGAGUUUGUUCACAUCAACAACCUGAAGCUGAUCUGCCGGGCGCACCAGCUGGUUCACGAGGGCUAUAAGUUCAUGUUUGACGAGAAGCUGGUGACGGUCUGGUCCGCUCCCAAUUACUGCUACCGCUGCGGGAACAUCGCCUCAAUCAUGGUCUUCAAAGACGUAAAUACCAGAGAACCAAAGCUGUUCCGCGCGGUCCCCGACUCCGAGCGCGUCAUCCCCCCCCGAACCACCACCCCGUAUUUCCUCUGAGCCCCGCUGUGCCCCCGCCCUCCCCUACAAUAUACUUUUUAUUGAGCACUUUGCUGCUGAAAUGCUGCCUCUUGCCUUUUUUAUUUUUAAAUUAUCUAAGUUUAUUGUGUAUUAUGGUGUCUGUAGCAAGUUUCUUCCCACCCCCCCCACCCUAGAAUGAUUUCAGAGUUAUUUGUACUAUGCCCCUGUAAUUUGUACCCCCGCCCGUAGUCCUCGCGUAGCUCUGGGUUUAGAGAUGUUUUCCGUGUCCCAAUCGUGCCGCACGGGGAGCAGCUCGGUCCCGGUGUGACAUUCAGCUUUUUUGGUAAGUUUUAAGGAAUUUCAGCAGCAAAGUUCCCGCCGGGCGCGCGGUGCCCCGAGCUGUGUCCCUGUCCCCCCCCCACCCCCCCCGGCUGGCGCCUCGUCCCUGGUUGUAGGUGCAGAAAUAAAGUGGCCAGAGGGGCCGAGUGUGUGUCCCCCCCCCCAACCUUUUUGUUUUAUGAGGAUUCCGGUAAAAAAAAAAAACAACACGAAAACCUGCUACAGCGAUCGGAUUUGUAUAUUAAAAUAAUUGUUCUGAUUUUUUCAGA